CCAAGUCGUCGUCCAUCCGAUAUGCCCCCUUACCACGUCACUGGGCAGCAGGCAACCACCGCUCCGACCAAGCUUUUCCACGCGCGCCGAGUCCAACUUGCCCACCAACUCGCGCCAACCAACCUCCCCCAAGUCCACCCCCUUUCUCCUCCCGCUUCGCUUCCACCUCCUCCUCCUCCUCGCGUGAAGAAGACUCGGCACGCGUUCGAUCCCGCGAGCGACCUUCCUCCCACCUUCCUCCGCACCACGCCCGCGCGCCGCGCCGAUGCCGCCGGCGAGUCGUCGCAGGUCGUCGCCCACCUCCUGACGGCAAGCGCGAUGCCGCUCCACCACCGCCGGGCGCUGCACUCCAACGACUGCGACGACGGCGGCUACGGCUGCUCCUCGUGGCCGCUGUCCCCUCCUCCUCCGAGCGUCAUCCUUACUCCCUUCGCUUCCCCUUCGCCGGCGCCCUGGGCUUGCCCGCCCGCUUUUCCUGCCCCGUCGCCGUCUCCUCUCCAUGGCGCCGCGGGGGGCAGGAGGGAUCAGGGAGGAUACCACGGCUCCCCACCAGGCGGUGGCGGUGAUGCGGACGAGCACCGCCGACGCAUCAUCAACCUUAUCGUCGUCGGCGCCGCGGCGCUCGCGUUCCUCUCCAUGAUCCUCCUCGUCGUGAUCGUCGCCGUCCGGCGGCGGAGGCUGCGGCGGCGGCGGCAGAGGCAGCAGGCGCUCCUCGCCCCCGCGGCGCCGGCCGACGCGGUGGCGGUGAACGUCGAGGACGGCGGGGAUGACGAUGCGGAGGGAGGGGGAGGAGGAGGAGGAGGAGGAGGAGUGGUGCACCACAUCUGGUACAUCCGGACCGUCGGGCUCGACGAGGCGGCGAUCGAUUCGAUCGCCGCGACGCGGUACCGCGCGGGCGCUGGGCUCCUCGGCGCCGCCGACUGCUCCGUCUGCCUCGGCGAGUUCCAGGACGGCGAGCUGGUGCGCCUUCUCCCCAAGUGCGGCCACGCGUUCCACGUCCCCUGCAUCGACACGUGGCUCCGCGCCCACGUCAACUGCCCGCUCUGCCGCUCCGACGUGCUAGGCCCCGCCGCCACGGCCACGGAGUCCGGUGGCGGCGACACCGGCUCCAUGCCACAAGCUGAUCCAGUCGCAAACACCAUAGCCGCAGCCCAGCAAGCGGCUGCGCCGGGCGAUGCAAUCUUGGAACGCCAAGAAGAAGAAGAGGAAGCAGAACAGGAGGACCAAGGAGCGCCGCCGCACAUGGAGGAAAACCGGCAAGAGCAAUCCAGCUCACCGGAUCCAUUGCCGCCGCCGCGCAACGUGCGGCGCGCGGCUUCCAUGGACGCGGCGAUCGUGUCGACCGCCGCAGAGGUCGCGGCGCUAGAGCGGCUGCCGGAGGCGGCUCCUGAAGAGGAGCAGAGCGGCGGCGGCGGCGGCGGCGACAAGCGCGGCGGGGCUCCUGGCGCGUCUUGCCUGAAGGUCUCGAGCUCCGGCCGCCUGAGCAACCUCGGCGCCGCCGAGAGGCUCCCGAGGUCGUUCUUCUCGCGGCAUUGCCGUGCCCGGAGCUCGGUGCUCCCGCUGUGAUGAGAUCCCUUUGCUGAAUUUUGCUCCCUGCGAAUAAGGUUACACCAUGUUCUUGAUAAGGGAUCGAUUAGUGUGUAAAUAUUAUACUUGGAAUCCUAAAAAGUGAGGAUUACGAGUUUGAGACCCCAAAUGCAGUAAAGAGAAGUGCUUGAGAUCUAGAAAUAUGCAUACAUCUGUACAGUUUUGAUCUUGCCUGUUGGUUAAAAUUCAUGAAUUGUCCUGUUGAUCUCGUGGUUUUUGCUGGUUUCAGUAUAGAGAUUAGCCUAAAACAAGUAUAGUACAGAUGUUUUGAGUGAUCUUAUCUUGGAUUCAGGCACUGAAUUUAGUCGGAUCCUUUUGCUUUAUGCUGUCUA